UUCGUUUGGGUUUCGAUCAUCCAUUUUCACUACUACUGUUUGAGAAAUCCAGACCAUCAAAAGCAUCAAUUUGGGGACUCUUCAUCAGUUUUAGGGUGACUUGCUCUCUUUUUGCAUCUUUUCUUUUUCUUUCAAAGCGUCAAUUUUUUGGCUACUUAGAGCAACGUUAUGAGAAUAAAAAAAAAAAAGAAGAAAGAAGAAAGUAAGUAACAAGAAAGGAAGGAGCUUUGGACGCAUAUGUAAAGUGCACGGAUUAGAAUAAAAAAGAAGAAAGGAAGAGAGAAGAAAGGCAGAGAGAGAAUCGGUGGAACCCAGAUGCAUUGCUUCGAUGGAUAAAAACCCAAUAGGAGGAGAAGGGCUUGAUUAUGAUUUAAUUAUUCACUAUGGAGGUGUAAAGGGGCAACAUGGUUAUUUUGAGGAGUCUGAGUUUACCCUAACAUGUUGCAAUGUAGAUAUGAUGUCUAUUAUCAGGGUAGAUAAAGCCUUACAAAGGAUGGGUAUAGAGGGUGUUUGUAGACAUUGGUGCUUAGAACCGGGUAAAGAAUUUAGUGAGAGUCUUAAGCCACUUGAAAAAGAAAGUGAUGUCUAUGAAAUGUCUUUAUACAGUAGUAACCAUGAGAUCGUUCAUGUGUAUGUAGAACACCUUAGAGUUGCUAAAAUUGAGGAAGCCAUAAAUAUUAAUGCUCCUACAAGUUCUAUAGUUAUAGAUGAAAUUGUGGAUGAAACUAUUGAUGUAACUCCAAAACCAUCCAAGCCAAGCACUUCAAAUCCAAUUACUUGAAAUAAGCAUACUUUUCCUACAUUAUUGGGUCUGCCACCCACUGAGCAACAUUUAGGUGAAAGUUUUCAAUCUUUAGGUGAUACUUAACAUACCUUAG